AUGUCCACUGGCUCCCUCAGUGAUGUAGAAGACCUUCAAGAAGUGGAGAUGCUGGAAUGCGACUCCCUGAAAGUGGACUCCAACAAGGAGUUUGUGACUUCCAACGAGAGCACCGAGGAGGGCUCCAACUGUGAGAACGGGUCCCCACAGAAGGGUCGCGGUGGCCUGGGCAAGAGGAGGAAGGCGCCCACCAAGAAGAGCCCACUGAGUGGGGUCAGCCAGGAGGGGAAGCAGGUCCAGCGCAACGCAGCCAAUGCGCGCGAGCGGGCCCGCAUGCGGGUGCUGAGCAAGGCCUUCUCCAGACUCAAGACCACCCUGCCCUGGGUGCCCCCGGACACCAAACUCUCCAAGCUGGACACGCUCAGAUUGGCGUCCAGCUACAUCGCGCACUUGAGGCAGAUCCUGGCCAACGACAAGUACGAGAACGGUUACAUUCACCCAGUCAACCUGACGUGGCCCUUUAUGGUGGCCGGCAAGCCUGAGAGUGACUUAAAGGAAGUGGUGACCGCGAGCCGUUUGUGUGGAACCACCGCGUCCUGACCUUGGAGGUGCGAGUCUGGGAACCUUGCGCUCCAGGGGCAGUGGGCCAGCGAGGGCGACGACCCCUGCCCUCCCCUCCCUGUCUCUGCUGCAGCCUUGCAGCGCUCCUCUCCCCAUCCCACCCCGCGCGAACACUUAACAGCGACGAGGAGAUUCGUUUCCAAACCAAAGGAGACCAACUGUACUUACAGAUUCCCAUCUAUUUAACUUUAUUAACGUCUGCCAUGAAUGACUGCGAGCCUGGCUGGUCCAAGUGCAAUAUGUAAUUAUAUAUUAUAUAUAAAUAGAUAAUAAGAGCCUAUCAAUGUGUAUCUUUUGUACAAUAUGUUGUAAAGUGUAGAUCAUAGAAUAGCUGACUUUGACAGUCACAUUUAUAAAGUAAGUCACUCAAAGAAAUAUAUUUUUUUCAAACAAGUUUUGCUACUUUCAAAAAUAAAUCUUUCUUUAUAUUG